UACCAGGCCUUAUAAAGCUUCGAUGCGUACUCGUUUCACGAAAGGUCCUUAUGCACCUUCUGUUGUCCACCAAGUUACGUGUGUUUUACGGAAUUCGAAUUGGAAAUUUGACAAUUCCAAGACUUCUGCGUUACCGCCUACGUCAUCCUGCGGAAGAAUUUUACCGAAAAUGGCCUUCGAGCACAAGAGAUCGGGGUAUUAUUUAGCGGGAAAUUUACAAAUGUCCAUUGCGUUGACGCUACUCAGCGGCCUCCUAGCAGCUGAUGUCGAACUUUGUUCACAGAGACACUUAGAAAAUUGUAGCGACUCUCUUUAUGUGUUGACAAGGAAAAACCAUGAAUUUGUGGUGCCGGAAACCGAGAGUGCGCUGAUUGCUCAUUGUGAGAAGCAAACGGCAGCGGAAGAAUGUCUACGAGAGCGAGUCGAUAUUUGUGACACUGGAAUAACAAAAGGCAUGAGUCGGGCUCUUUUCGAUGAUAACCACGACGAGUUCUCACGUCGCUGUGAUCCCACAUCAAAGGAAUACACUGACUUCCUGUCGAUUGCCCCUUGUAUCAAUACCAUAAGCGGUGAACUGUAUGGCUGUAUGGUUGGCAUGCUCACUAACCUCAGUAAUGCAAUCCAUGUGAAAACAUUCAGGAAAAAGGUCGAUCACGGAUGUUGUGCGUACAAACGUUUCGAAAAAUGUGUUCUGGACAUCGCGGUUGACCGCUGUGGAUCGGAGACUCAAGCCUUUUUUGAUGAUUACCUUAAACAGACGGUUAGAGAAACUGUUACUCUUCUUUGUUCCGCCGACUAUGAGUUGUGUACCACUCUCAAGCCUGUGGAGUUACCUAAGAAGUUGAACAUAGAAUAUGAUGAACCUCAAAGUAUAUUCUCGGUUAUACACUAUAUUCUGGGCGUAAUUCAAGCGAAAGAAUAGAAUAAUACUAUCAACUAGUUCAUAAUAAUUUCAAAACUCUAAGAGCAGUUGAUAAAUAAAAUCCAGCUUCGUUCUUAAGCGUCA